AUGGCCGUAUACCUACCGGUGUCCGUCCGUCUAGACCAAAUUGAUGGUCGUAUACCUACAGGAGAACAAGAACAGGCUCCCUAUAUGUACACGGAUUAUCUUGGGGGGGCGGGGGGGACUAGAUUCCUUGGUGAACAUACAGAGCAGUGCGUCGAACUAGUACUGAAAUCUGAAACUGCACUGGGGGACUCACCUUGCUACGGCGCGGCGACGGACGGCGGAGACGAGAUUGCGGGAGUGGAGGGGAGGGAAGGGGGAAAGAUGCGGCGAUGCGGGGACGAUGAGGAGAAGAGGCUCCUCUUUUAUACCAUACCAGGCGAUGCGGGGACGAUGCGGGAGUGGAGGCGCGGGGCGCGCGAGCUGGCGGCCGGCGGCGUUUGCGAGCUGGUGGGAAGCGGGAAAAGAGAGGAAGAGAGACGUGCGGGGUUAGGGAUUUAG